AUGUUCACACAGAGAGGAACCAUGACCCGCCAUAUGAGGAGUCACUUGGGCCUCAAACCUUUUGCUUGUGAUGAGUGUGGGAUGCGCUUUACAAGGCAAUAUCGACUGACCGAGCACAUGCGUGUCCACUCAGGGGAAAAGCCCUAUGAAUGUCAGCUCUGCGGGGGAAAAUUCACCCAGCAGCGCAAUCUGAUCAGUCACUUGCGUAUGCACACCUCCCCAUGUUAA